GGGUCAAACGCCAAUAGUUUUGAAGCUAUCAUCUUAUCGAGAUUUAUGACAAGUUAGUUUACAUGGUAGUAUUUAUAGCGGAAGGCAGGAGCUGAUGAGUGGUGAGGAUUUGAAGUAGAAGAUGGCGUGCAAUAUGGCAGCCGGCAGCCAUAUUAAUCUCUUAUCAUUCAACUUCAAUGGAAUCCAAGAUAAAAGAAGUUUUCUACACUCACCUGAUGAGGAGAGCUAUAGAAGGCGAAGGGGAAAGAGCAAGAACAAUGGCAGUAGCGUGAGUGUGAGGGCAGCUGUCGCUGUUGAGGAUGCAAGGUCCUCCAAAAAUGUGCCUCGCCCUCUGGUGCGAAUUGGUACUCGGGGAAGUCCUCUGGCACUUGCACAGGCCUAUGAGACACGGGACAAGCUAAAAGCAGCACAUUCUGAACUUGCAGAAGAGGGUGCAGUGGAGAUUAGAAUUAUUAAGACAAAAGGGGACAUGGUGUUAGAUCAGCCACUUGCAGAUAUUGGUGGCAAGGGGUUAUUCACCAAAGAAAUAGAUAAUGAACUCAUAGAGGGUAAGAUAGAUAUUGCUGUACACUCGAUGAAGGAUGUGCCCACAUAUUUGCCCAGUGAAAUAAUUUUACCUUGCAAUCUUCCUCGUGAAGAUGUUCGAGAUGCAUUUAUAUGCCUUACUGCAAGUUCUCUAGCAGAGCUCCCAGCUGGAAGCAUAAUUGGCAGUGCUUCUCUUCGAAGGCAAUCUCAGUUGCUUCACAAAUAUCCGUCAUUAAAAGUUACUACUUUCAGGGGCAAUGUUCAAACAAGAUUGAAAAAAUUAAAUGAAGGGGUGGUUAAUGCUACACUACUGGCCUUAGCAGGGCUCAAACGUCUAGGCAUGACUCAACAUGUUACUUGUGCCCUGUCAACAGAUGAAAUGCUUCCUGCAAUUGCUCAGGGGGCAAUUGGAAUAGCAUGCAGAAAUAAUGAUGAGAAGAUGGCUAACUAUAUUGCUUCCCUUAAUGAUGAGGAGACAAGGUUAGCAGUGGCAUGUGAAAGGGCAUUUCUGACGACAUUGGAUGGUUCCUGUAGAACUCCAAUUGCUGGAUAUGCAUUUUAUGAUAAGGAUGGUUGCUGUUCUUUUAGGGGCUUAGUUGCAUCACCAGAUGGAACUAGAGUGCUUGAGACUUCAAGAAAAGGACCAUAUGUAUACGAGGACAUGGUUUCCAUGGGAAUAGAUGCAGGAAAAGAGCUACUUGAAAAGGCUGGGCCAUCAUUUUUCAAUUGGUAAUAUUCAUUUUAUUAGUGAAAUAUUAUUAUUUUUGGAUACAGAGUUUGCAGAGGCUGAAGCCCGGUAUUCAUUCUUCUUAUGCCACCUCUCGGAUCUUUUUCUUUUAAUUGUCCUUGGCUCAUUUAUAAGUUUAGAGAGUUAACGGUUUUCUUUUAACCCCAACAAAUCUUAUUUCGUGGCAGCUUCAUUUCAAAUGAGCAUUAAUAAGUUUUGUAUCUUAUAUGAUACUGAAUUUGUGCACUGCACAUUGGCACGUUAUAACAAGUGCUGUUGUAACUCGAAAAUGUUUAUGGUAUUUUGUCCUGUUAAGUCAUGUACAAUAUGCCUUAAUCUUGUUUAUUUUUCAAUAUAGGAGCUAUAAAUAUUCUAGGCCCAUAUUUAAGUA